AUGUAUAUUUGUUUGUAUAACAUAUUUUAUUUUAUAUGUAGCAAAAUGGAAAAUACGAAAAGGAAGGAAAAUGAUACUUGCAAGGAAUAUGCGUUAAAUAUAAGUUCAAAAACUAACAAGGAAAAAUAUAAACAUGAAGGGAAAAAAAAGGAUGGUGAGGAAUACACAAAUGAUGAUAACAAAUAUGUGAAUGAUGAGAACAAAUAUGUGAAUGGUGAGAACAAAUAUGUGAAUGAUGAGAACAAAUAUGUGAAUGGUGAGAACAAAUAUGUGAAUGGUGAGAACAAAUAUGUGAAUGGUGAGAACAAAUAUGUGAAUGAUGAAAAUAAGAAAAAGGAUAAAGUAGAUAUAGAUAUAGAUAUAUAUAACGCUGAUAACCAAAGUUAUAAUAAUAAGAAGCAAAAAAAUGACGAUGAUGAUGACGAUGUUAAUGACGAUGAUAAUGACGAUGAUGAUAUUAGUCAUAACAAACAUAAAAAUGGAGAUGACAAAAUAGACAAUAUAGACAAUAAUAUUGAAAAGGGAGAUAAUAAUAUAUGUAACUUUUAUGAUAAAAGAAAUGAAGAUAAUAAUACAUAUGCUGAUUGUAGUAAUACAGUUGAAGGAAUUAAUAAUAGCUUUGAGUGUAGUGGUAAAAAAUGUAACUAUAUAGACAAACAACGAGAUAAAACAAAAAAAUAUGAUAUUAUAAAUAUGAAAUGUGAUAAUAAAUGUAGUAAUAAUAUGAAGAAUUCAAUGAAAAAUAAAAUGAAUACACAAACAAACAAUAAUAAAGAUAUGUUAAGUAAUCAAAUAAGGAUGUGUUCAAAAAAUAUAAAUAAUAAUUAUAUUUAUAAUAACAAUAAUAAUAAUAAUAGUAUUAGUAGUAGUAAUUAUUAUUAUAACUAUUAUAAUAAUACAAAUAUGUAUAACGAAUUAAAUAUGGUACAUAAUGAAAAAAAUAAUUUGAUAGACAUAUUAGACAAAGAAUUAAAAAAAAAUUGUAAUAAUUAUAAUAUAGGAAAUAAUAAUAUGAAUUGUAACUAUAAAUCAAAUUAUAACUAUUUUAUAAAUAAAGAUUUAUUAAAUAAUAAUAUGACAUAUAUAUAUAAUUAUCCUAUGAUGAAUACAUUAAAUUAUAGUAAAGAUAAUAAUUAUUGUACCUAUCUCGAUGAAAUAAAUAGAAUAAAUGAAUGUACAUAUAAUACCACACAACAAAAUUUAAAUAAUAAUACAACAUAUUCUCCUAAUUUUAAUGAUAAUUCAAAUUUGUUGUAUAACCAUGAAUCAUAUAUUUUGUCUCCUUAUGAUUAUUAUAAUUAUUAUUGUUCUGGUCUUAUACCUACAUAUCCGAUAUUUAACUAUAGAAAUAUUAUAAAUAGUAAUAAUAAUAAUAAUUUAAAUAGUAAUAUAAAUAAUAAUAUAAAUAGUAAUAUAAAUAAUAAUAUAAAUAAUAAUAUAAAUAAUAAUAUUAAUAAUAAUAUAAAUAAUAAUAUAAAUAAUAAUAAUAGUAGUAAUAAUAAUAAUAAUAAUAAUAAUAAUAAACAUUAUUAUGAUAAUACUUAUUUUAAUCAUAUUAUACCGAGUAAUACAAAUAAUAAUUCUAUAGAUACUUACAAUGAAAAUAAUAACAAUCAUAAAAUAUUUUAUAAUUAUAAUAAAUAUAAUAUGUAUGCUCCAAAAAUAUAUUAUCAUGAUAAUAUACAUAAUCUAUAUCCUAUUAAUAAUAUUCCAUCGAAUUAUAAUAGUACGGAAAAUAAAAUAUUAACUUGUAACACCAUAAUUCCUGGUACUGGAACGAACAACAACAAUAACAAUAAUAAUAAUAAUAAUAAUAAUAAUAAUAAUAAUAAUAACAAUAAUAACAAUAAUAAUAAUAAUAAUAAUAUUCUUUCAAAAAAUAUAUUACCAUAUAAUGCAAACGAUAUAAAUAAUUUAAUUAAUCUAAACAAUGAUAAUAUAAAUAAUAAUUCCCACAUGAGUCCUAAUAAUAAUACACAAAUCUUUAAUUAUUUUAAUUAUGUAUCAAAUAGUAAUUUCAAUAUUCAAAGAUAUUUAUCGAACAACAAUAAUAAUAAUAAUAAUAAUAAUUUAAAUAAUAGUGCAGAUUAUCAACAAAAUAUUUCAUACUAUAAUACAUAUAAUUCAAAUUGUUAUUCAUCAGCAUCAAAAACAUAUUAUUGUAAUCAAUAUUUAAAUGAAUAUCCUUUAUUUCCUGUCUCUUCUAUUGAUUUAUAUAACACGGAUAAUAUGAACUACACCUCAAAUCAGUUGUAUUUCUACCAGGGGAAUGAUAACAUGAACAACGAAGAAUUAAAAAAAAACGCAGAACAAGAAAAUGCUCAUAACAAUGUAAAUAUGAACAAGCGAGGAGUACAAAACAAAAAAAACAACUAUAACAAGGAAAACUAUUUAUCUCCAAUAGCGUUCACUGGAAAUAUUUGCAAAAUAGCCAAGGAUCAAACGGGUUGUAGGAUUUUACAAAGGAUACUAGAAAAAAAGAAUCCAAAACAUAUUGAGGAAAUAUAUAAUGAAGCACUUGAUCAUAUAAUUGAAUUGAUGGUCGACCCAUUUGGUAAUUAUUUAUGUCAGAAACUUAUGGAAGUAUGUACAUCUGAGCAAAUAGAAAAAAUAAUUGAUAAAUCAUCAGACCAGUUAAUAAACGCCUCCAUAAGUGUUCAUGGUACUAGGACCGUCCAGAAGCUUAUCGAAAUGAUAAAAACUCCUUCUCAAAUUAAAAAAACAACCAAGGCUCUAAAAAAUUCAAUAAUAACUUUGAUAAAAGAUAUUAAUGGAAACCAUGUGGUUCAGAAAUGUUUAAUUACCUUAACGAGUCAUCAGUGUGAUUUUAUAUACGAAGCUAUUUUAAAUAACUGUGUUGAAGUAUCCACGCAUAGACACGGGUGUUGUGUGAUUCAGAGAUGCAUAGACUCUGCGAACGAGGCACAAAAGGAACUGUUCAUCAGAAAUAUUUCGAACAAUGCCCUGGAUUUAGUACAAGAUGCAUUCGGAAAUUACGUUGUACAAUAUAUUUUGAAUUUAGGAAAUGAGAAAGUAAAUUUAGAAAUAGCCAAUAAGUUAUUACCAAAUAUCGAGGAAUUAGCUGUUCAGAAAUUUUCAUCUAAUGUUGUAGAGAAAUGUCUAAUAAUAGGUAAUAACAAAUGUAGGAAACUCAUAAUAAAUGAAAUAUUGAAAAAAGAUAAAGAUAUAUUAAAACAAAUAAUUUUAGAUCCAUUUGGAAAUUAUGUUAUUCAAAGAGCAUUGUCAGUUGCUUCAGAACCUGAAUUAACAAAAUUAGUUGAAGGAAUCAAACCAUAUAUAAAAGAAUUACGUAAUAUAUCAUCUGGAAAAAGAAUUGCAUGGAAAUUAGCUAAAAAACAUCCUUUACUUAAUGCUGAUAUUAAUAACCAAUAUUUUUCAAAUGAUAACUCUGAUAAUGUUUCUUUACAAAAUCAUGAUAUUUCUUCUACUAACAAUUCAAUUAAUAUUCCAACAAACAAUUCGGAUAUUUUCAAAAAUGAUAAAAAAAAAAAUAAUGAUGAAAAUAUUGUAAAAAAGAAUUACAACAACAACAACAACAAUAAUAAUAAUAAUAAUAAUAAUAAUAAUAAUAAUGUCAAAACUUUCAAUCAUUCCAAAAAUUAUAAUGCCAAAAAUUUUAAUAAUAAUCCUAAUGGAAACAUAAAAAAUUUUACUAAUGAUAAUAUGAAAUCUUAUAAUUAUGAACAUAUGAGAAAUUAUAAUUUCGAUCCUAUAAGAAAUUAUAAUAUGGAUAAUAUGAAAAAUUAUAAUGUAGAUAAUAAUAUGAAAAAUUAUAAUAUGGAUAAUAUGAAAAAUUAUAAUAUGGAUAAUAUGAAAAAUUUUAACAAUGAAUAUGUCAAAAAUUUUAACAAUGAAUAUGUCAAAAAUUUUAACAAUGAAUAUGUCAAAAAUUAUAACAAUGAAUAUGUCAAGAAUUAUAACAAUGAAUAUGUCAAGAAUUAUCAUCAUAAUAAUAUAAAAAAUCAUAUUAAUUGUUCUAAUAAUAGUUAUGCAAAUAAUUCUAAAACAUACAAAAAAAAUACACAACAAAAAAAAAAUCUGCAAUCUUCGAAUGACCUCUGUAAUGUUGUUUCAUAUAGUGAUCAUUCCCCACAAAAUAUUGCACAUAAAAAAAAUAACCUUCAACAAAAAAUAUCAAAUGUAUAUAACAAAAGAAAUGAUGAUUCCUCUAUGAAUAAUAACACGUUUUGUUAUAAACAAGGUUAUGUACCAGAUGAUACAAUGAAAACGCAUAACGAAACCAAAAAUAAUGCUAAAAUGGAUGAGAUGGAUAAUCUCACAAAAAAUGAAAGAGAAAAUUUAAACAAGAUUUAUUCUAAUCAAGAAGACAACCAAAACAAGAAAGAUGAUAUUUACCACACGCAUAAGAGGAAUGAUGAUAGCAAUAUUUAUGAAAAUCAAAGAAAUUUUAACAAAAAUAAUAUUAAAUAUGUGAUUGGUCAAAACUUUCAUAGGGAUGAUAAUAACAUUCUUGUAUGUAAUAAAAGUAAAACUGAUAAGGAAAAUAAUGUAAGAAUAAAUAUAAAUGAAAGGAAUAAAGAAAAAAAUGUAGAUGGUCAGGAGAAAAAUGAAAAUAUUCAGGAAAAAAAAGACAAUGUUCAGGGAAAAAAAGACAAUGUUCCGGAAAAAAAUGAAAAUAUUCAGGAAAAAAAUGAAAAUAUUCAGGAAAAAAAAGAUAAUGUUCAGGAAAAAAAUGAAAAUAUUCAGGAAAAAAAAGAUAAUGUUCAGGAAAAAAAUGAAAAUAUUCAGGAAAAAAAAGAUAAUGUUCAGGAAAAAAAUGAAAAUAUUCAGGAAAAAAAUGAAAAUAUUCAGAGAAAAAAAAACAAUGUUCAGGUGAAAAAUGAAAACUCCCAGGAAAAACAAGAAAAUAUUCAGGUGAAAAAAGAAUACAUAAAUGAGAAAAAGGAAUGCAUAGAUGAUGAAGAGCAAAAAGAACCUUUUCACAAUAAUGAAAACACCAAAAACGAUAAUAAUUGUAACAACAAUGUGAUUAAAAAAAGCAGUGUUCAUUUAGAUAAUGAAAAAUGUCAUUAUGAAAAUAAUAUAAAUACAGAGAAAGAGCAUAUUAGGAGCAAAUCAAAUCAUAACAGGAUAAAUAAUAAUAGUUAUGAUAACAAAAUGAUAGAAAAACAGAACAAUGAAAAUUCCAAUAAGUAUAUAAUACAAAACGUUCCUAAUAAUAAUAGUAGAAUGUUUCAUAAAAAAAAUGAUGAAAAUAAAGAUGGUACCAAAAAUAAACAUAUGGAAAAUAAAAAUAAUAAAGUAUAUAACAAUAAUUUUAAUAAAAAUGAAUAUAAAAGAAUACAAAACAAUCAAAUGAAUAUGAAUCAAAGCUAUAAUUUUUCUCAGAAUAAAAACUAUGUCUACAAUAAUAGUUAUAAUAAUUAUAACGAAAAUUAUGUCAACUUUUAUCCCAUGAGAAAUAAUAAUCAAGAUUUUAAUUCAAAUAUAUGUUCAAGUAAUAAGAAUAAUCCUAAAUUGUCAUAUAUAUCAAAUAAUAAAAAUAAUGGAGAUAAUUAUAUGAGGAAAACCCCCAAAAAAAUUACGAAGAAAUAUAGUAAUGAGUCCAAAUUAAUAUGA